CCAUUGGUCGGUUGCCAUGGUAAUUAGUGAGUAAAACAGCUGUUAGCUAUUUAGAGAGAAAGAAGGAGGUUGUCUCGGUUGGCGGCUAGCUUAAAAAAAAAAAAGGCAGAAAAACGCGUUGACAGGAUGGACUCGGUUCGUAGUGGAAACAUUUGUAGGCGCUUCAUAAAUGGCUCUUGCAGAUUUGGCCGAAGGUGCAAGUACAGACAUGAGUUCACCCCUAUACCUGCAUCCCAGAUAUGUCGGUACUUUCAGAAAGGUGGCUGCUGGUAUGGUGAACGGUGCAGGUUCUUUCAUGUCCUUCUGCCUCAAGUUGGACCAGUGUUUCCAGGAAGAAGGGGUUCAGUGCCUGUAGCCUCCCCCUCUGGUAUGCCCCACUACUCUGAAAGAAGAGGGUCAGAACCAUCUCUUUGGCGCUUUAAUGUCCCAUCCAGGCACAGAUGCAGUGGAUCACAGUCAGCAAUUUAUCCCUUCAAUCUUCAGCAAGAAACUGGGAAUCUGCCAGAAUAUGUUUUGGAGGAACUGUCACAAGAAAAUUAUUUGGAGUCAGCCCCAAGUUCAGGAAUUGCUGAAGCAAGUGCAUGGCAGGGAAGAUAUGAGAGAGCCUCUAAAUCCGAAACAUGUGAAGAUGGAGCUGCAGCAGCUUGCAAUGAAAAAAGUGAAGAAACUUUGGCUUUCCUGCAGAGCAAAAAUGUGGUCUGUGGGAUCUGUAUGGACAAAGUCUAUGAAAAGGAGAAUCAGAGAGACCGGGUCUUUGGGAUUUUGCCAAACUGCAAUCAUCCCUUUUGUUUAGACUGCAUCGCAACCUGGAGGAAAACAAAAGACAUCGGACUUGAUGUCGUAAGGGCUUGUCCUCAGUGUCGAGUCAGGUCUGCUUUUUAUGUGCCAAAUAAAUACUGGGUGGAAGGUCAAGAGAAGGAAACUGUAAUUGGUGCUUUCAAGAAAAAAUUUGGUAAGAAGAGAUGCUGCUUCUAUGACCGAUAUGGAUGCUGUCCCUUCAAAAAGGAGUGUCUCUAUCGGCAUGUUGGAGAUUCUACUAACAGUCCAGUGUUUUCAUACCUCUCAGAGGAAGAGGAUGACAAUUUUACUGAUCUGCUUGGUUUUUUCAUAAGCAUGAGCCUUCUUGGUGGUGAAGAAGCGGACGAAGAACUUCUCUUUUGCCUCACUGAAGAUUACGGGUUUUAAGCAUUUUUUUUCUUUUUUUUUUUUUUCUUGGUAGUCUAAAAUACAGAGUCAAUCCACCUUUGACCACUGCCUCUGUUGUAGUCUGUACUAAGCCAGCUUUGGAGUAGCCUUCUGUCAGGAUUGGGAAUUAGGGCUGUGAAUCUGUGACUUGACUUGAUCACAGAAACCAAGUUAUUUAGGAUUUUGAAACAAAUGAAGGGGAAAAAUAUCAGCAAUAAUUGUAUUGGUGUAUGCACAUGUCCAGUAGAGUCUGAUGUGGGUCUAAGAAUAAUUGAAAGUGUCUUUAGGUUUUUUUUUGUGAUCUUGUAGACAUUGGUUUUUGGGUUGAGGAUUUUUUUUUUUACCCUCUCAAAGCUUUGAUUCAUGUGCAUGUUUAGCCCUCCCCCUUCCCUAACCUCAGCCUCUUUUCCUUAACCUCUCCCAACAAUUUAAAUUUGUUCCACUCACUGAAGGCAAUCUUGAUAUUUUAAAACAUUGUGUGGUUGGUUUUAAUUGUCAAAGUAAAAAUUGUGCCAAUAUACAUCUUCAAUUGUGGUGCCAACCUCAAGAUUUGUUGUUUCCUAGUUUUUGGCAAGAACAUAACAUGUUUGGCUUUUAUUACUUUU